UUGAAGAAUGGAGGAGCGUCCUGAGGUGACACUGGUGUACGCCCAUGGCUGCAGUUUCUCGAAGGAUAUGUGGACGCCGGUUCUUGGCCGCUUGAAGAAAUUCCCUGUCGUGCAGCGCGUGGCGACGAAGUUCGUCACGUUUGACUUUCCCUUCCAUGGGAGUCGCAGUGACAAACAGUUAGCAGAGACUUUGGAAAUAGACACCAGCAGCCCCAAAGCUCCGAGAGUCAGAGGAGCUGGAUGCGACGACGUCAAGAAUUGGUACUUGAAAAUAAUCAUCGAGCAGGUGGGAGGCUGAAAACAAAGUUGACGGAUUUCGUUGGCUUCUCCAUGGGCUCCGGGGCGCUCUGGGCCACAGAAGUCGCUCAUCCGGGCACGUUCGACGCAUUGAUCCUGUUCGAGCCAGCAAUGGACACCAAGACACCGAGAACUGAAGCCAUGCGCUCGUUUUUAGCUGCGUCAGCCCUUCGACGUCCAUCGUCGUGGCCUUCGCGUGCUGCAGCGGAAGAAUAUUUUACGACGUCUGAAGGGUUCAGUGCUUGGGACCCUGAAGUGCUGGCAGCGCAUCUGAGCGGCGCACUUUUGGACCAACCAGAUGGGUCAGUCACGUUGGCUUGCGACCCGCGGCUUGAAGCCUCGCUCUACUCCAUGACGCCGCUUCAUUUCUCCGACGCCGAGCUACAGCGUCCCAAGUGUCCUAUCUACUUGCACUGGGGCAGUCGCUCUCAAAUGUGCUUCGAGAAGAACCUCAAAGCAAUUGAGAAAAAGUGCCCAGAUAUCUACAAAGUGCGCGAGGCAAUGCCAGGGCUUAAACACUUGGUCGUCAUGGAGAAUCCUGCCCUCACAGCGGCAAACAUCGCUCGAGAACUGGAACAGCUCGCUCCAUACAGACAGAUCUCAAAGCUCCAAGUCCUGUCGUUACCAACUUGA